ACUCCUGCAUACAUAUUACCCUGCCGAGAGGGCAGUGAUGGUUCCUUUGUGGACUGAUCUUUGAGAGCAACCAACCGGUGUGUGACGCUGUUUGGGAGGCUGGAAUGGUGCCCCUUGCCUGAUAGAGUUAAUCUUGCUGGAAUAGCUCCUCCCUUCUGGGAUAUAGAGCCGGUGAACGGGAGAGACUUCUGGAAGUGAAGAAGUGAUGCUUGAGGCAUUCUGUUAUGGAUUGUAAUUUUUCUCACCCAAGGAGUUCAGGACUUAGAGCAUGUCUCCAGAGUUGUUUCCAGGCCUGUCAGCAGGACACAGCCAACUCUUGCUUUUGGCUUCUUUGUUCAAAGGUAUUAAGGAGCCUGUGACUGUUGCAGUGGGGGUACAGGGCAAGGAGAGGUGUUAGUAACCUUCAGAGCACACCUUCCAAGCUGCCCACUAUUUCUGCUACUCACUGGCAUGGGGAUAUACAAAGGUAUGGCUGUCAGCAGCCUAAGGAAAACAUUUGGAACAGCAACCAUAGAAUGAAGUGAGAUUUUUCUUUUUUACUGAAACGUUAUAGAAUUUAAUUUUUGGAAAAAUAUUUUAAUACAUUGUUUCCAAAACAGAACAAAUAGAAAAUGUGAACACCACAAUUUACCUAGCUUAAUUGACAUAUAUAGAACAUGGCACUCUUAAUCAGAAGUAUACAUGUUCUUUUUUAAAAAAAAUAUUUUUAUUUGACAGGCACAGAAGCAGCGAGAUGUAUCAUCCAUUCACUGUUUCACUCCUCAGAUGCCCAAGACUGGACCCCCAUUGUGAAUAGCAGGAACCUAAAUUCUUUAGCCAUCAUCUGCUGCCUUCCAAGGAAGCUGGAAAUUGAAGUGGAGCCAUGACUCCAGUGUGAGAGGCAGCAGCAAACUGCAGGGGAAGGGGAGAGAAGCAGGUGACUGCACAGGAGAAAAGGCGCACAGGAACCAGGCUGGGCUUCCUCACCCCGCAGUGGACAGCACCGCAGAGCUCGCUCAGGAGGCCUGGCUCUCAGACACGGGACUGCUCGCCUGCCCACGGUGACUCUGGCAGCAGCUGGUGGAGCACUGGGCGAUGCUGUCCAUGCUGCAAGACCGACUGUGCACCAAUCAGCACCUGCUGAUGAUGCAGGAGGGCACGACGAUGCGCAAGGUGAGGUCCAAAACCUGGAAGAAGCUGAGACACUUCAGGCUCCAGAAUGACGGCAUGACAGUCUGGCACAUGCGGCAGCCCGGUGGCAGCGCUAAACCCAGCUUUUCCAUCUCUGAUGUGGAGACGGUGCGGAAGGGCCACGAUUCUGAGUUGCUGCGCAGCCUAGCCGAGGACUUUCCGCUGGAGCAGGGCUUCACCGUCGUCUUCCAUGGUCGCCGCUCCAACCUGGACGUGGUGGCCAGCAGUGCUGAGGAGGCCCAGGUGUGGAUGCAAGGGCUUCAGCUGUUGGUGGACCUUGUCACCAGCAUGGACCAACAGGAGCGACUGGACCAACCUGGAUGGCUGAGUGAUUGGUUCCAGCGUGGAGACAAAAACCAGGACGGGAGAAUGAGUUUCCAAGAAGUUCAGCGGCUACUGCACCUGAUGAACGUGGAGAUGGACCAAGACUAUGCCUUCGGUCUUUUUCAGGCGGCGGACACAUCUCAGUCUGGGACUCUGGAAGGAGAAGAGUUUGUACAGUUCUAUAAGGCCUUGACCAAGCGUACUGAAGUGCAGGAACUGUUUGAAAACUUUUCAGCUGAUGGGCAGAAGCUGACCCUGCUGGAAUUUGUGGAUUUCCUUCGAGAAGACCAGAAAGAAGCAGACCACGCCCCUGACCUUGCCCUGGAACUCAUCGAUCGCUAUGAGCCUUCAGCCAGUGGCAAGCUGCGGCACGUGCUGAGCAUGGACGGCUUCCUCAACUACCUGUGCUCCAAGGAUGGGGACAUCUUCAACCCAGACUGCCGCCCCAUCUACCAGGACAUGACCCGGCCCCUGAGCCACUACUUCAUCAACUCCUCCCACAACACCUACCUGGUGGGAGACCAGCUGUGCGGCCAGAGCAGCGUCGAGGGAUACAUCCGGGCCCUGAAGCGGGGCUGCCGCUGCGUGGAGGUGGAUGUGUGGGACGGACCCAACGGGGAGCCCAUCGUUUACCACGGACACACCCUGACCUCCCGCAUCUUGUUCAAGGACGUCCUGGCCGCCGUAGCACAGUACGCCUUCCAGACGUCCGACUACCCUGUCAUCUUGUCCCUGGAGAACCACUGCAGCUGGGAGCAGCAGCAGAGCAUGGCGCGCCACCUGACCGAGAUCCUGGGCGAGCAACUGCUCAGCACCGCCCUGGACACGCAGCUUCCCACUGAGCUGCCCUCGCCCGAGGACCUUCGAGGGAAGAUCCUGGUGAAGGGGAAGAAGUUGACACCGGAGGAGGAACUUGAGGACAAGGAAGAGGCAGAGAGUGUGCUGGAGACAGGGCAGGGGUUGGAGCUGGAGACCAACUACCUCUCUGAGACUGAGCUGCCCCCAAAGAAGAACAGGAAGGGGAAGAAGAAAUCCAAGCCCAUCCUGUGUCCAGACCUGUCGGUCCUGGUUGUCUACUUGCAGUCCGUCUCCUUCCACAGCUUCACGCACUCCAAGGAGAACUACCACUUCUAUGAGAUGUCGUCCUUCUCGGAAAGCAAGGCCAGGAACCUCAUCAAGGAUGCCGGCAAUGAGUUUGUGCAGCACAAUGCCUGGCAGUUAAGCCGUGUGUACCCCAGUGGCCUGAGGACGGACUCAUCCAACUACAACCCUCAGGAACUCUGGAACGCCGGCUGCCAGAUGGUGGCUAUGAACAUGCAGACUGCAGGGCUGGAAAUGGACAUCUGUGAUGGGCUCUUCCACCAGAACGGCAGCUGCGGCUAUGUGCUGAAGCCCGAAUUCCUGCGUGAUACCCAGAGUUCCUUCCACCCAGAGAGGCCCAUCAGCCCGUCCAAGGCCCAGACCCUUUUAGUCCAGGUGAUCAGUGGUCAGCAACUCCCUAAAGUGAAUGAGACCAAAGAGAAAUCCAUCGUGGAUCCACUGGUCAAAGUGGAGAUCUUUGGCAUCCGUGCAGAUACAACCCGGCAAGAGACCAGCUACGUGGAGAACAAUGGUUUCAACCCUUACUGGGGGCAGACGCUGUGCUUCCGGGUCCUGGUGCCUGAACUCGCCAUGGUGCGUUUUGUGGUCAAGGAUUACAACUGGAAGUCCCGACACGACUUCAUUGGUCAGUACACCGUGCCCUGGACCUGCAUGCAGCAAGGCUACCGCCACAUACACCUGCUCUCCAGGGACGGCACCAGCCUCCACCCAGCGUCCAUCUUCGUGUACACCUGCAUCCUGGAAGACGUGGAAUCCUGAGCGGGACACGUCAUGGCCAGAGUGGGCGCAGUCCCAGACCCGGGUCUGUAACGAAUCUCCGGUGCCAAGGCAGACUGCAAGGAGAAAGCCAGGCAGGGGCCUGCGGCAGAGA